AUGCAAAGAAUACAACUGCCAUCAAAUAGUUUACAACAACAAUAUAAGAGACAAGCAUCAUUCGGUGUGAGUAACCAUGAUAAUAUAACAGAAUCCAACAACAACAACAACAACAACAACAAUAAUAAUAAUAAUGAUAAUGAAAGUACCACAAACUCACCUCACUACUAUUUAAAUGAAUUACAAACUGUUGGAAUGAGAAUCAGACAAUGUGUUGAUCAAGGCUUUAACUUACUAAAUAGAGAGAAAUCAGAUUUAAGUAAUGCCUCGUUAAAUACUAAUGAUAAUGUCAAAACGUACGCUGGAUUCAUAGUUCCACAAUAUAAUCCUACUUGUACAUCUACACUAUAUUUAAAUGAUAUAAUUAAUAAUAAUAGUAAUAACAGUAAUGGUAAUAAUCAGCAACAGUUCAAUAGUAUAAACAAUCCCUAUAAUAAUAAUGAUAAUGAUGAAAAUGAAAAUGAAAAUGAAAUCAUUUAUCUGAAUGGGAAAAGAAAAUAUAAUUAA